CACUUUAUAAAGCAUGCGCCCCGGUUGAAAUCAGUUUAAAGUACUGUGAGUGAGAAUUAUUGGAUGUAGUAAAGAACACGUUUCAUACUCCUGUGAUUUCAUCGUGCUUUUACAUAUUCCAUGCUCUGAAAAUUGCGCUACUGAUAGAUUAGCGUGUUGUUUACAGCAGUUUACCUCUUUAGCAAAAAUAACAGAAACAAUGGCUGCUAUUCGUAAGAAGCUAGUGGUAGUGGGGGACGGGGCUUGUGGGAAAACCUGCCUGCUUAUCGUGUUCAGUAAAGAUGAGUUCCCGGAGGUGUAUGUGCCUACUGUAUUUGAGAACUACGUGGCCGACAUCGAAGUAGACACCAAGCAAGUUGAGCUGGCUCUUUGGGAUACAGCCGGACAGGAAGACUACGACCGACUACGCCCGCUUUCCUAUCCAGACACUGAUGUCAUACUGAUGUGCUUCUCCGUUGACAGUCCAGACUCGCUAGAAAACAUUCCCGAGAAGUGGGUGCCGGAGGUCAAGCACUUUUGCCCAAACGUGCCAAUUAUUUUAGUUGCCAACAAGAAAGACUUGCGAAAUGACGAUAAUAUUAGGAACGAGUUGGCCAGGAUGAAACAAGAACCCGUGCGGACGGAGGAUGGAAGAGCCAUGGCUGUGCGCAUCGGGGCGUACGAUUACCUCGAGUGUUCGGCCAAAACGAAGGACGGAGUGAGGGAGGUGUUCGAGACGGCAACUCGCGCUGCUCUGCAGAAGAUAUCCAGAUCGUCUGGGCGGUGUACGAACUGUUGCAAUCUACUAUGAAAUUUACUGAUACGUGAAUUUACUAAAGCGCACGAAACAAACCAGUUUGUUGGUGCAAAUAUUCCAGAAACAAAGACACUUCGCUACCACUUGUUUUCUUUUUGUUGUCUGGAAAAUGGGUAAGGUUAACAGAACUGAACACCACUAGCAGUGGACUUUACAGGCAGAACUCUAAACACUGUUCAAUGACACUCGAGUUUGGAGGGUCCCGCAUGGAGAGAUAUUCAGUGGCCAGCGUAGUACGGUGGAUCUGGGGUCCAUAAAUGCAGUCUUCCGGUUGUAGGCUAAAUUUGGAUUAUUUUUUCAGCGCACUUGCCGAGUUUACUGGACUACCAAGUAGGCUAUUGUUAAAGUCAGUUCCUUUCGGGAAAUGCAUUGAUUUGUGAAACGUAUCAAAGACAGGUAAACUUAACGCAAUUGGGAAUCAUGGAACGUUUAACCUGCCCCAUAUAUCAAAAUGCAUUUUAAAUAUCUGCCUAAUAGCCUAUGUGAUGACUGGCACAUUUAGGUAUAUUCUCCCGGUUAUAUCUGGGCGGGGACACGAAUUUUGAACAAUUUCGUAAACCUGCUGUAUCGAGUCACUUUUUUAUUUUUUAUUUUCAAACGUGCCUGCUGUUCCCUUCCCUACAGGGAUUGUAGGCAAUGUAUAUUUUUAUAUUAGUUUUGUUUUUGUUGAGACGAAACUCCAGAUUUUGGUCAGUUGACUAACCUUUCUCCUCUGUAUUUUGCACAUAAUUGACUGCUUUUACAUUGGCAUUUAAAUCGGUUUUGUAACCAUCGGAGUUUGUAUUAUGCUGCACCACGCCUUUGUAAUUUCUGUUAGCGUGAUCGGAGCUACCAUUGGUUGCCGUUUUAUUGGGACAAUGUGACGCAUUUUCAGUGUAUUAAAAUAUGUUUUGACAUUGAUAAUGGGAGAAAUGUUUCUUUUUGGCAGCACUUGUUUUGUAUACAAGUACAUUGGUUUUUUUGUUUCAGAGAAAGUUUGUAUACGUUUUAAUGCGUGUGAUACUAAGGACGUUUCUAUGAUUCAAGUGAAUUUGCUAGAAUAUGUCGAUACUAUUACCAAAGCUGUUUAAACAGCUAUUAAUAAAACAUUAAACAUUGGAAUGGAAUACUA